AGGUUUGCAUGACGGGCGACACACUGGCAACAAAACACAGACAGACCCACCACAGCUCUAGUUCUUUUUGCUAGCUUGUUUAGUUUUGCGACAGUAAGCUUUUUGACAAAAGCACAAGUAUUUUCCGCUGACACCGUGGUGCACUUUUUGCCGUGGUCCUGGUUCUAAGUGACUCUUAACAGGACUGUUUACAUAAUCGUCGUCUGCUCUCGAGGCACUGCUAACGUUACAGUAUUUUAUAUUUAUAAGACUGUAUCGUUACUCGACAAAUAUAGUACGUUAAGCUCCACACCACACGCUGUCCGGACAAUGGCAGUGUUGCUACAGCGCCCCCACGCGGCUGCGACCUGUCUGUUUUUGUUCUGGGUGACCGGUGGCCUGUCCAUGCCAGACCCCAGGCACAGAGAGGCCCUCAUACAGCUGGAGGCCUCCAUGCAGACAGGAGGGCAAGUAGUGUUGACUGAUGCUGAGCAGCAGCUGGACACACUUCUGUUCCAGAUGAAGCAGGAGGAGAUAGUCAGAGCAGACUUCCCUCCCGCCAUGCACUUCUUCAAGGCCAGGGACCUCAUCAGGACCAGUCCAAUCUUCAGCCUGCUCCAGAAGAUGCCUAAAGGGGGAGCUCUCCAUGUCCAUGACUUUGCCAUGGUAGACGUGGAGUGGCUAGUGAAGAACGUGACCUACCGGCCCUACUGCUACAUGUGCUUCACUGCCAACCAGUCCGUCAGAUUCAUCUUCUCGUCCCAAUGGCCCAAAGCUCUGCCCCGCUGCUCUCCCUGGACCCUGCUGAAGGACCUGCGGGCCAAGGUGAUCAACACCACGGAUCUCGACAACAGCAUCAUGGGCAACCUGACACUGUUCACGGAUCAGGAUCCAGAAACAGUGUACCCCAGUCAGGAUGUGGUAUGGGACACGUUUGAACAGGCCUUCCAGGCAGUGUGGGGCCUGGUCACAUACGCGCCAGUGUUCAGGGACUAUUACUACCAAGGUCUCACCCAGUUCUACAUGGACAACGUCAUGUAUCUGGAACUGCGAGCUUUACUCCCACAGAUAUACGAGUUGGACGGCAGCACUCAUGACAGAGCCUGGACUCUGAAGACCUACCAGGAGGUCACCAGGCAGUUUACAGCAGACCACCCAGACUUUUUUGGAGCAAGAAUCAUCUUCACAAUCCAUAGGGGAGUAAAUGCAUCCGUGAUGGUCAGCGUUGUGGAAGAGGCUAUGAAGCUACAGAGAGACUUCCCAGAUGUCAUGGCUGGUUUUGACCUGGUGGGCCGCGAGGACAGAGGCCGACCCCUGUGGUAUUUCAGAGAUGCCUUGUCGCUGCCAGUAGAGAGAGGGGUAACGCUUCCUUUCUUUUUCCACGCUGGAGAGACCGAUCUUGAAGGUACAGAAGUGGACCAGAACUUGUUGGACGCUCUUUUGUUAAACACUUCCCGUAUUGGCCAUGGAUUCGCUUUGCCGCGCCACCCAGUGGUCAGAGAUCUAUCCAGGAAGAGAGGGGUGGCUCUGGAAGUGUGCCCUAUCUCCAACCAGGUGAUGAAGCUAGUAAAUGAUAUGCGAAACCAUCCGGCAGCUGCACUCAUGGCAGAAAACCACCCCGUGGUCAUCAGUUCGGAUGACCCGGCUAUGUUCGGGGCCUCCGGACUCUCUUAUGACUUCUAUGAAGCUUUUGUGGGCUUUGGUGGGAUUAGAUCCCAUCUAGGCUCCCUUAAAGAGCUGGCCAUAAACUCUAUUAGGUAUAGUUCUUUAACUCCAAAGCAAAAGGAGAAAGCCCUGGCUCUGUGGCAGAGAAGAUGGGAUAAGUUUGUCUUCAAAAAUACUUUUUAAGAAAGAAACAGUAGGGUCUCCUUUGCAAAAGAAGCGCUUUGUAGCAUAGGUACAUUAUAAAUGGGAAUGGAAAAUGUGAAUAACAGUGCUGCACAG